AUGGGUAUCACCGACUUCUUCUCCGACGUUUGGGAGAGCUUCUCCGUCCCUUCGCCCGACGCUGAAGCGCCGCCUCAGGGUGGCACCUCGACAGACACACCCGCCUCCGGCACCGACGAGCAGUCCAACGAGGAGGCCGAGGUCAACAAGCAGGACGCCAAGGAAGAGGGCGAGGGUGAACAGGGUCACAAGCCCAGCGGCGGCGACGACGACGAGGAGGAGGAGGAAGAGGAAGAGGAGGAGCCUCAGGACCCCAAGGAUGUGCUAGAGAAGGAGUGCGCAGAAUCCAAGGCAUGCCACGGACCCAAGCAUCACUACGACGAAUGCGUUGAGCGCGUCACAGGUCAGAUCGAGAACGAUGGCAAGGCAAGUGAAGACUGCGUCGAAGAAUGUAAGUUUUCCACAGCUACAGCUACCUGGUGCGCAGCGCCCAAGCUAUUCGCUCAGCUCAAGUAA